UGUGCCUCUUGCACCACUGCCACCAGCGCCAACUUGAAGAUGCAACUUGAAGAUGAUGAUCCCUUUCACAAGUUCCAGAUUCUGUGUACAAGAAAGUUGCAUUUUCUAGGAAAAUCUGCAAGCAAAAGGCGAGCAGACAGGACAUCACCUCUGUCUGUGUCCGUUGAUGCGAUCAAGGAUGGCGGUCUUCUCAGCUUCUGCUCCUGGAAAAGUGAUUCUGUUUGGAGAGCACGCGGUUGUGCACGGCGCGAGCUGCAUUGCGGCCAGUAUUGAUCUGCGCACAUCUGUGAGCGUCCACCUGCAGGAUGCAGGGGGACAAGAUGCCAGUGGGCCAAGUGAUAGUGGUGGCAGUACUGAUGCGGUCACCCUGGCUUUACCUGGAAUGGGUCUGGAGUGGCGGUGGCAGCUCGAAGAGCUGCGGCCAUAUUGGCAAUCGUCUGAUGGUCCUGCCCCAAUUCAACAUGUCACAGAAGCAACAGAGGAAUUGACCACCAGAUUGAGGGACCUGGCAAAGACAGCAAUCGCACCCGAUGCAAGCAGUAGUCUUGUUGCAGGGGCCGCCGCCUUCUUAUUCCUGCACAUCAAUAUACUGGGGCUCCGCUCCAGCCGCACUGUCCUCCAGUCUGAGUUGCCCAUGGGUGCUGGUCUGGGCUCGUCCGCAGCCUUUUGUGCCUCCCUGGUUGGAGCUUUGUUAGCAGCAGUCAGCGCACCUGGGUUUUCUGAACUUGAUCCAAUCUCGACAAUACUUUCAAGCCAAGCGGCAAAGCUUCCAAUGCAAGGCUUGGAAGCUGCCAAAACCGAGUCCAGAACUAGACAGGCAGCCAGUGUUGAUAGGAUUACAGAAGCCGGUUGUUUAGUAUGUAGAGACAGACCUGCACAGGAUAGCCAUCACGAAAGAGGCGACCUGCAGUCAGUUUCAAAUGGUGCUCACGAAGAGGAACGGGUACAGGAUGGUUCCUCCCAAGAUCCGCACCGCAAAACUGCGCCGUUGAAAGUACCUUUAGAAAAGCCCAGCCAGCAGGCCCAUCCAGAACCUGGUAAACCGGACUCGGCUUUUCAUUCUGAAACUCCAGCAGCAGGCAUGACUUUAGGAACUAGACCCGUCGAGCAGCGUGCAUCGGAGGGAAACGAUAGACUAGAAGGCAUGGAACUGGCCAAUGCAUGGGCUUUCCAGGCUGAGCGCAUCAUACAUGGCCGUCCGUCUGGGGUGGACAACACCGUCAGCUGUUUUGGUGGCGCAAUCUGCUUCAAGAAGGGGGUCAUCACGCGUCUGCCGCCCAUGGUGUCGCUGCGGAUGCUGCUCACCAACACCAACGUCGGGCGGGAUACAAAGGCGCUAGUGGCCGGAGUCGGGCAGCGAGCGGCCCGGUUGCAGGCCGUGUAUGAGCCGCUCUUUGCGGCGAUUGACGAGAUGUCACAAGCGUUCCUGCGAGCAUCAGCGAGUCCAGCCGGCGACCCUGCAAACCUGCAGACACUUGUCGAAGAACUCGUGGACUUGAAUCAAGCGAUUCUGAGAGGCAUUGGCGUCAGCCAUGCAAAGAUUGAAGAGAUUAUAGCCGUAACAGAGAGAAGGAGUCUCCAUUCAAAGUUGACCGGGGCUGGAGGUGGGGGAUGCGUCCUAACCCUACUGCGGGAUACGGACGAGACAGUCCUUCAGGAGUUGAUUACGGAGUUGGAAGGGAAGGGCUUCACAUGCUUUCUGGUCUCGGUCGGGGGCCCUGGCUUGCAGUUGAGAACGGUAUGAUUGGUUUGACCGGCCGAAAGCUUCAAGAGUCGGGGAUCCUAAGCCAGCGCUCAGCUGCGCGGCUUAGCAUGUGUACCAGAAGACUCGCUGUUGUCAACGAAGCCCUGUUUACUUGACGUAUGUUUGACGAUCAAGGGAGCAACGGCUUAGACGCCACGCUUUUCCCAUGCAUUUGGACUCCGAAAGUUCCGUAUUGCACAUGUGCAUACGUCUCAGUAUGUUCCGCGGCA